AUCAGUUGCGCUUUUGCGCUGAAGCCAGCCGAGGUCACGGACGCGCGAGAACAGAGCAGCCGCCGCUCUCCAGUGCGCACGGGCUGAGGACUGUAUUCCGACACCCCACUGCAGAGCUCUCAUCUUUAUAAAUUGGCUUUUUAAUUCCGUUUCUACAGGAAGACUGAUAUCUCCUUUACGCGAUGGAGAAGAUGUCUCGACCUCUUUCUAUAAACCCAACUUUCCUACCUCCGACCCACGGCGUCCUGAAAUCCCUGCUGGAGAACCCCAUGAAGCUGCCCUUCCACCACGAUGAAGGUAAAGGGUUUGGGAAAGAGAAAGAGAAGGAGAAGAAGUUGGAAGAGGAUGGAAAUGCCAUCAACACUCCUCAGUCUGCCUUCUUGGGCCCGACGCUGUGGGACAAGACCCUGUCAUAUGAUGGCGACAACUUCCAGCUGGAGUAUAUGGAUUUAGAGGAGUUUCUGUUGGAGAACAAUAUUCCCGCCAACCCUGGGAGCGAGCAGAGCCAGCCUUCCCAGCAGCCCCUGCAGCAGCAGCAGCCGCCCUCCGCCCCACCCACGCCUUCGGUGGUGGAUCUCAGUAACCGGACAGCCACGUCCGUUCACUCCGGCAUCGUGGGCCAGAACUGCCUCCAGAGUCCCAGCAGAGCAGCUCUCCCUUCGCGUGACACACCCAGUCCCAUAGAUCCAGACUCCAUCCAGGUUCCGGUCAGGUACGAGCCCGACCCCGCCGACCUCGCCCUCUCCAGCGUCCCGGGACAAGAAAUCUUCGACCCACGCAAGCGCAAAUUCUCAGCAGAGGAGCUGAAGCCGCAGCCCAUGAUCAAGAAGGCGCGCAAGGUCUUCAUUCCAGAAGACCUGAAGGACGACAGAUACUGGGCACGGCGCAGAAAGAACAACUUCGCAGCCAAGCGUUCCCGGGACGCUCGUCGGCUGAAAGAGAACCAGAUCGCCAUCCGCGCGGGAUUCCUGGAGAAAGAAAACACGGCGCUCAGACAGGAAGUGGCCGACCUGCGAAAGGAACUCGGCCGCUGUAAGAACAUUCUGGCCAAAUACGAGGCGCGACACGGCCCUCUGUGAGCCCCUCCCACCCCACACAAACCCCGCCCACCUCCACAAACGCCCCCCGCCCACCACCAACCCCAAGGGACUUCUGCGUACCUCUUUAAGAGGCGACAUAUUCUCCUCUCCUUUUUUUUCACGUUUCUCUUUUCACUUUUCUCUUUACAAACCCAGUUUGCAUUCUUUAGUUGAUUGUGUAUUUCAUGCGUGUGUUUUUCCUCGUGUAGUUUCACACAUUCACUUUUCUCGCUUUCCUUUCAUUUGUUCCAUACGUCCAUUUAUUCCUUCACCAACGAUGGAUCGUUUGUCUGGAAAUGGUUUUCUCUGGAGUGUUUUGUACACCUGUAACACAGACUUAUAAAUAUUUUCCUCGCCGCUCACCCUCCUGUCUGUCAAUGAACCGUUCGACCCCACCCCCUUUUCCCAGAGGCUCCACCCACUUCCUGUUGCCCGAGCUUCUUUUUGUGUAUAUUAAUGUAUUUUAGUUGAAUAGCUGUAACGCACCGACACCUUUCGUUCUGUGAAGUGUGUAAAACACUAGCUAGCAUCAGAACAUGAUGUUUGUUUUGUUCUUUUCCUGUUAUGUGUGUUUUGUCUGUUUUAUUUGACCAUUUCUUUUAAACCAACACCAGCGUAGUUUUUGGCGUCUUUCCCACAUUGUCCAUGGAGCAAUAAGCCUGAAUCUCUUCAGAGGGCAAAACACAUGAAAUG